CCCUUGCAAAAUGUUUUCAAUACUUCAAGAAAUCCUCGACUGCAAAGGGUUACGUUCGAUGCCGUACGAUUUUACUAUACAUGUUCAUGAAAAUGAUGAAAUUGCAUGUUUGUCUAGAAUGUCACCGCAUUAGGUAGUAGUAUUUGGGAUACAGAAAUGUGUCUCGAUAAUCAUUGUUUAAUCGAGUGAACUGUAGUAAUUCGAUUCGGUUCAGGGUCACCGGCGACCCCCAUGUCACUCGACGUGUCAACCUCAAUCGAAUGGAAUACUCGAUAACAUGUACAUGCAUAUUUCAUUCGUGUUCUCGCUAGUUUGAAAGGAUUAUGAUUAUAUCGUUACUUCGCGCAGUAAAACUCAUUCCAGUUUGCAAAAAGCCAGUCAAAAACAGCCAAGCAGUGCGACCACUCUUCUCUCGUUUCAAUUCAGGAACUGAACGUUUUCCUAUUUUUCCAAACAUAAAUUUGAAAGAGUGCGAUCGUUAGAUAUCUCCAGUUCUAAAAUAGACUGGCAUAUUUAGACAGUGCAACGGCGAGCCGACGUCGCGCCGCUCGGGACUCGAACGGUUAAGCCACAGGCCGGGAUUGUCAAUAACGCACUGUUCACUGCGAGCCUCUAUUAACGCGACAUGGAGGCGUGUAUGGCGACAAGUUGCAGCGCUGCGCUGUCCACGACGCCGGCUUCUCUUUUCACUCAACUGACGCAGCUGCUUCUGGUGUCUCAAUGUGCCUUGAACACCGUGAAUUAUCCCCCGGAUCGCACUACGGACAUUCUCUCUUCGAACAGGGAAUUCGAUUUCGUGAUCGUCGGAGCCGGAACCGCGGGUUCCGUGUUGGCUCGCAGGUUAACGGAAGUAAACGACUGGAACGUCUUACUGAUCGAGGCUGGGAAGGAUCCUAGCAUCUUCACCGAGGUGCCUGGAUUCAUGACGCUGAUCCCGGACUCGGAUGAGGAUUAUGCUUACCAGGUCGAGCCUCAAGAAGGCGUUUGCCAAGGGCAGAGAGGCAAACGCUGCAGAUGGCGCAAGGGCAAAGCUCUGGGUGGCAGUAGCGUCAUGAACGCGAUGCUCCACGUAUUCGGCAACGACAGGGACUACAACAACUGGGAAGCCAUGGGCAACGAAGGAUGGGGCUACGAGAAGAUGCUGCACUACCUGCGGAAAGCCGUAAACUGUCCAGCAGGAAGUACACCCGCAUCGGAGAACAGACACUGCGGAGAUGGUCCAAUGAGCGUGAGGAGCUACAAUUACUCCGAGACGAUGUACCAAGACGUCCUCUUGGAAGCUGCGCAGGAGCUAGGGCUAGACGUGCUGGAGCCUCUAAUCGGCGAUCGUUUCAUCGGGUUCGGCAGAGCACUGGGUACCCAAAGCGAAGCUCGACGCGUGAACGCUGCCAAGGCAUUCCUGUCCCCCGUGAAGGACAAGAAGAACCUCUACGUGAUGAAAUCCAGCAGAGCCGACAAGAUACUGAUGGACGGCAACCGAGCAACCGGCGUCCGAGUCACGCUGGAGGACGGAAGAUCGGUAGACGUGAAGGCGACCAAGGAGGUGAUCCUCUCCGCAGGCAGCGUGGCCAGUCCCCAACUGCUGAUGCUGUCCGGAAUAGGCCCCGAGAAGCACCUGCAGGACAUGGGGAUCCCUGUGAUAGCCGAUCUUCCGGUCGGCAGGAACCUCCAGGACCACGUGAUGUGGCCAGGGCUGAUAAUAGGCUACCAGAACGACACGCAGCCUCCGUCGAUGCCGAUCUUCAUGAUGGACUUAGCGUACACGUACUUGAUGCACGGGAAAGGGGAUCUGGCGUCCGUGCCUCUGGACCUCCAGGGCUUCGUCAACGUGAACGAUCCCGCUUCCAAGUACCCAGACAUCCAGUUCAUCUUCGGAUUUUUCCCUCAGUGGCAGUCGGCGAAGAUCGGCAGCGUGUACAAGAUGCAGAACAUGGACGACGGCGUGCUGGCAGGCGUGAAUAGGAUCAUCAUGGAGAACAACGCGAUCAUGGCGGUCAGUAUCUUGCUGAACCCGAAGAGCAGAGGCGUCGUCGAACUGAGGAGCGCCGAUCCUGCCGAUCCCGUGAAGAUUCACGCGAAUUACUUCGAGGAGGAGGAGGACUUCCAGACGCUGCUGAAGUCGGUCGAUGUUAUCAGGUCUCUGACGAACGCGAAGGCGUCGCGGAAACACGGGAUGGACUUGAAGCACCUCGAUUUGCCCGGCUGCAAGCGCGAGAAGCUCGAUUCGAAGGAGUACUGGGCUUGCAACAUUCGGCAGACCGCCACUUCGGUGUUCCAUGCCGUUGGCACCGCGAAAAUGGGGCCGAAGAGCGAUCCCGCUGCUGUCGUGGAUCCCAGGCUGCGCGUGCACGGUGUCCAGAGGUUGAGGGUGGUGGACGGGUCCAUCAUGCCGACGAUCGUUAGCGGGAACACGAAUUCUCCGAUUAUGACGAUCGCGGAGAAGGCGGCGGACAUGAUUAAGGAAGACUGGUCGAAGGAUGUCCAUUCGGAAUUGUGAGGAUCGAAUGAAGGAUAUGUUAUCAGAUUUGUGACCUGAAAGUUAUUCGAGUUCUUUCCGUUUCAUCGAAUUCUGUUGACGAAUAUAAUGAAGUAACGAUGGCGCGGAUGUAGUUUAUAAAUAAAGUUUAUUUUUCUAACAGCA